UAGGUAUAAACAACAUGGCGACUGGAAGUGGAGAUGCCAAUGUCGAUGAUUUGGCAUUCUCUGAAGUUAUCGCUGUUUCAAGCUCUUCCGCGGAGGACCAGCAAUUUGACACAGUGAUCGGGCACAUGGAAGACAUUAUCAUUGAUGAAAGGUUCCGACAGCUGCAAACUACGUUUAUGGAGGAGCACUACAGAGAGUUUGAUGAUUCAGAGGAAAACAAGUUCAGCUACACGGAUAUAUUUCGAGCAUAUAAUACAUUAUUAGAGAAUUUCAUCCAGGAAUCAUUGAUACAGCGGUUACCCAAUUUCUCCAUGGCAGAUUUCAUCAGGCAAUUACAGAUGCGUAGAGAUGAACUGGAUGGUGAAGUUUUUGAGAUCUUGCUAUCCUUCUCCGACUUUCUGGCAUUCAAAGAAGCGAUUCUUGAUUUUAAAUCGGCAAAAGAGGGUAGAACAGUAGAUCUAAGCUCUGGUAUUAGCAUAACGUCAUCCAACCACGGAGUGCCAUCUAUGGACGAAUUGUGUAACAACUCUCCAGGGUCAUUUAACUAACUCGGUUUCUCAGGUACAGUGUCAAGCCUCCUAGAGUCAUGGUUUUGGUGAUAUUGUUGUUGAUCCCGUAAAGUAUGAGCGAGAGAGAGCCAGAAGUUAUCCAUACAAUGCCCAGGACACAAAGGCUCUGCUGGUUUAAUCUGAUCAUCAAGCAUGCAAGAUUCGACCUUUACAGGGAAUUUUGCAUAAUCACCGAUGCUCAUGCCACGUGAAGUUACCUGAUAACACCAGAUGGUACCUUGUGUCACCAACCCUAGAUGAUAGAAAUCCUAAAACCAGAUCUCUGUGAUUAAAUCAAGGCUUGACAACAUUGUGUACUUCGAGAGCAUAUUGUAUAUAUAUAUAUAAUGUUUGUAACUCAUAAAUGCUAUUAUUCCAUCCCAUAAAGCGGUUUCUUGCCAAACGUAACUAUUCACUUGUAAUACAGGGUGCAAAACAGAUAUGUGCAAUAUUUCCUCAUAAAUCCCACAAAUAGUGAAUUUGAUGGAGGGUGACUAGUUGUUGAACCGUGGGCGAGUACCAUCUGGGUGGGAAUUUUUUUUACAUAUCUAAAAGAUAUUUGAUCAUAAGAUGUGAUUAUGGUUUUCUUGUAUGAAUGUAAAAUCAUCGUAUGUGUGUUAUUAUGCAGUGACACCAAUAAUAUAUCCAACCAUAGACUGGUUACUCAACAUGUACCCCGCAGGUACCAGUCCUUGGCUAGAGUAAGUACACACAGCAAACACCAUCAUAUCACAUACACGUGUGAUAUGCAGGUCUAAUACGGUCGGUAGUGAGUUGACCAGUGCUGGCCAGCUGAACAUGAAACCAACAUGCUAUAUGGAUAAUAGAAUCAAUUCUAUAAACGAAUGUCAUAUGACGCUAAUGUGACGUAUUGUGAAAGACUUAGAUACACAGUUAUUCUCAGUAGAAAUUGCUUAAAUUGAUAGGGCUUUUCUUCCAUCUGUGUGCAUUUGUACUGCAGGGGACUAAACAGUGAGUUCCAACAAUUGAAGUCUUUUAACAAUAAUACACCAUAUUGAUAUGUAAAGAUA